AUGUCUAGGGCUAUGUUUACUAGUAGAAAUUUCGUUGAUGGGAUAUCGGAUGGUUUCACUAGACUUAUCACACAACCUAUCAACGGAGCAAGGGAAGAAGGUGCUAUAGGUGCUGUCAAGGGGUUCGCCAAGGGAUCCAUUGGACUUGCCACAAAAGUCCCGUCUACGGGUCUUAGACUGGUGGCAUACCCUUUCCAGGGCAUUACGAAAAGCAUUGAGGCCGCUUUUCGGACAAAAACGCGCAAGGCUAUUGUAAGUGCGCGACUGAAAAAUGGGUAUUAUCAGAUGAGCAGAAUGCAAAUGACCCACGAAGAGCGAGGUGAGAUACUGAAGGCAUUCGCAUUGAAAUCGUGA